CACACAAUCUUAUAAUUGAUCAUUUCUUGAUUGCUAAAUUAUAGUAUCUUGAUCUAUUAGCUGUAAUUUUAAGACCAUUUGUGUUAAUUUAUUUCUACUUGUAAAAAUCUGCAUUUGUAUGCCUCUCUCUCUCUCUCUCAUGUACACAAACUAUCGUCUGUUCUUGAUAUUAAGAUCUAUCUAUUUCAAAUUUGGCCCUUCAUUCAGACAUUCAAAUGGGAAUAAGUCUGCUGCAUGGAUUUGUAAUUUGAUUCAGACACUUCUUACAUCUUUGGUUGCAUUUUUCUCAUCUUAAAAAUGACUACAGGGUUGAAGAAUCAUAACACAUCAUCCCAUGCUUUAUAAUUUUUCAAAACUAUGCUGUCAUGUUUUUCUUUUUAGCUGAUCUGUUAAUGUCAGCAGGCUAAUGGUGCAAAUUGAAGAAGUUUGAAUAUAAAAUAAAAUAGGCUUGUAGAUGUUUUCAAGAUUUUAGUCAUUGCAUUGAGAUUAUUUUUUUUUCUGUUUUUUUCUCGAUCAGGUUUUGUACUCAUGUUCACACUGGGUGAAUAACAAUAUUUUUUGAAGGGAAUGUGCCAUAUAAUUCAUAUCUUUUGAUUUAUGGAUAUGCUUUCACUGGGAUUAUUGGCAGCAUUAAUGUAAUAUAAAUAAUCUUUUCAUCUGAAUUUAAUUUCAAUCUUUUCUUAUAAUUACUUGGGAGGAAUGAUGUCAAAUGCCUAUAAUCGAAUGCCUCCAAGUCAAUGAUACCCCCAAAUUAGGUUUUACCAACAGAUUAAUGUUGAGAUCCAUUUGACUUGUAAUAUAAAUCAUCUUAACUUGUGCUGAACUUUAAACACUUAGCGUGGGUCAUAUUAUUUACUUCUGGUUUACUCUAUCUAAGACUGAUUUAAGUGGAUAUCUUCUAUGGCUAGGAGCCUAGGACUACUACUAUAAAUGUCAAAGAUUUCAGAGAAAGUGUAAUCCUUGGAUGCCUAGACAAAUGUCGCAAAAGGAUGGUAUUGAAAUCUGGUGAAAGAGAUUUGGAUAUUUGUCCAGUGAAAAACAUGGAAGCUCGGAUGAAAGAAGAUAUAAUAGCUGAGGUAACACAAUCUGGUGGUCGAAUGCUAUUGCAUCAUGAAGAACUUAAUCCAGUGUCGAAGCAUUCCAGUGUAGAAGGGUACUGGGAGAACAUUUUAUUAGAUGAUGUGAAGACACCUGCAGAAGUACAUGCCUCUCUGAAAGCUGAAGGCUACAAUAUUGAAUACAAGAGGAUACCGCUAACACGAGAAAGAGAAGCCUUAUUGACAGAUAUUGACGCAAUCCACUCCUGUCAAGAUGAGUAUGUAUCAUGUAUCAGACAGCUAGCAACUAUUAUCUGUUUUACGAUCUGGAGGUUGCUAUCUUUUUGUGUCACACACUGGUUAUGGGUGAGCUGCUGAGGCAAGAGCCAU